AUGAAACCGAUCAAUUGCAAAAGUUGAUGAAGACUUACCAUCACAUUAUCCAUUCUGCUACUCUGGAUGGUUACAAUCAGGAAGGUAGCAGCAACAACUCUCGAAUGGGACUUUGACAGUAAUCCUGACUUUCCAAUCUUUCAAAGUGCUGGACCAAAUGCAAACAUCACAAUAAGUAGUACGGAUCAUUACCUAAAAUUUGAGAAUGUUGAAACCACUGAUCUUGAUAGAGACCCUACGGGGAUGGUUGUGCUGAACUCUCAGAACAUAAUGGAAAUCACAGAUGGCACUUUUGCUACCGACGAAUCUUAUACGGUGUACAUGGAGUUGUACAUCUACAAGGAGGCUUACAACAGCACCCUUUUCUGCAAGCAUUUGAAUCUUUAUACAAACAUUGGAUCAGGAAAUACAGUCAGAUGGUGUAUCAGAAUAGAACAGGCUUCAAAUACUUUUCAUGUAUAUUCAGAAACCUAUGAUGAUGAUGAGAGAUGGACUAAUAAUGUCACAUACAGCAAUGCCACAAUAUCAGGCUGGCACGCUUUUAGAUUUACUAUUUCUUGCCCAGGUUCUUGUACUAACUAUCUAUUUUACACUAACAUAACUGGUGCUGCAGAUGGAACAUUCAUUGGACAGGAAAGUCUAUCAAGUACAUCAGUGACUGAUUAUCAUUGGCCAAAACAAUAUUUUGGUCAGUUCAAAAACGAAACAGGCUCUGUUCCUGCUUCAAACUUCUUUGUAGGAAUGAUUGAUCGCCUUGUAAUCUGUGAUUCUGAUCCCAAUGAUUGGUGUGGUGAAGAUCCGUCAAUUUUAAGAAAUCAACUGAUAGAGAAGUCGAAAUUACUUUAUGAGUACCAUUGGCCUCUGAAUGAUGCUUAUAACUCUUACCAUGAGAGUGAGUUCAGACAGGUUUCGUAUGAAAAGAUCAGACAUGAUAGUGGGCAAGACAAUCUUGUUUUUUAUAAUGAUGAUAACUUGAGAGUAGUAUAUCCAACCAAUAAUGGAUGGGUAAGUCUUUACAGAGAUAGCUGGAUACGUACUGAAUCUUUCCCAUUCAACAAUGCUAUCCAGUUUACCAUUGAGUUUGAGUUCCUCAAAUUUAAAAAGGAUACUUCCUUUGAAGUGUUUCCUUGGGCAGACGAUGGAGAUGAUUGGAGCCAAUUCAGAGGAAAAUACUACUACUUGAUGACUGCAUCCUCUAAAAAAUCAUUUCAUUGGUGUGACAGCCUUGACGGAGCUAAAUGGACCAAGAGCAUCAUUUCAUAUACCUACAGUGAUGAAGCAAACAAGAUCUAUUUUGGAAUGGGAAGACAGAUUUUAAAAGAUAUUGGAGACCCAAGUGCGACAGAUUCCAAAUUCCUUGAUCAUCACGUUGAUGGAGGACCAAUGUGGGGUUUGAACUCAGCUACUAUGUCCAUCAGGAUUAAAAACCUCAGAGGGAUCAUCAGGAAUGUGAAGUACUACCCAUGGGCUCUGAACGGAGACACUUUCAAAAAUCAUGGUAACUACACUGAUCCUAGUAAUUCUGGCUGGGAGUAUCAGGAGGAUCUUGACGAUGACUACUUCGUAAAGUUUAGGGAAGAUAAAAAGACUAUCUCCAAUGCUGAUAAUGCUUGUCUAAACUACUUUACUGCUCAGAGUGAACUCUGCAAGGACUUGACCCAUAAGAAGAAAGAGUAUUGCUCAGAAGGAUUUAGAGAUGAGUAUUACCAUUGUAUUGAUCGCUGAGGCGAUGGCAUAGUUCAGAUGUCCCCAAGAAUGCUAGAGUGAGACGAUGGUAAUACAGAUGAGAAUGAUGGCUGAUCUAAAUCCUGAACUAUUGAAGAUGAUUGGGUCUGUAAAGUUGAUCCUAUCCUUAAUAAUAAAUCCUAUUGCCAACCAACCUGUGGAAGUGGGACUCUUGAAGAUCCUGAAGAAUGCGAUGAUGGCAAUAAUAGCAAUGGGGAUGGCUGUGAAACUAACUGAACCAUUACUAAUAAAUAUAGUUGAGAGGAAGAGCCCGGCCAGCCUUCUUACUGCACCCCUGCAUGAGGAAACUCUGAAAUAAACCCAGAGUAUGAUGAGAAGUGUGAUGAUGGCAAUAAUAUGGACUUUGAUGGCUGAGAUAAAGACUGCCAAAUAGAGCUCAAUUAUGUCUGUCACCAUGAAGUAGGUAAGCCUGAUAACUGAACAACUGAAUUCUCAAGACCUGUAAUUGUCUCUGAUAAGUUUGAUGAAACGACAAAUACGAUUACUAUUGGAUUUGAUCAAGAGAUGAUGAACCAAGAAAUCAAUGAAACUAGUCUGCUGUUAUUCAUUGAAAGUCCAAAUACAGAAAUUUAUUUUACAUUCACAACUAAGUUCGAAGGAAAGAAUUUUAUUGUCAAUUUCACUCCGUCACCACCUUUUGUUGGUGGAAUUGGUGAAAUUAUCACACUGACUUUGAAAGAAAUUGCGAUGUUCAAGUCAAAUAACAGCAUCCCAAUGCUGUCGGGUGUUGCUUUUACAUAUGCUGUUCCAGCAUUUCCUGUGAGCGGCUCAGCUGAAAGCUCAGGAAAAGGCGCCUCAUACACUUUUGUAUUAACCAUUGGAGCAUCACUUGGAGUUAGUAUGCUGACUGGUGGAUCAGCCGAGACAAUGUGGAGUCUAGCAAACACUCUUCAGAUUUUAUUCUUCAUGGGAUUGAUUGAAUUGGAAUAUACAUCAGACCUUGAGAACACAUUCAAAAUAAUGGCUUACUCCAAUUUUGAUAACCCUCUAACUAAAUACGUCACCUCGGUGGUCUUCUUUGGAGUUCAGUUCAUAAAUUCUCCAGUGAGCACCAACUUUGAAAGUCUGGGAUUUGAAUCUACCAACAUCUUGGUAAACAGCUUUGACAAGAUUGGGAUGAUAUGAAUCCUUCUCUUCUCUGCAAUUAUCCUAAGCUGCAUCUACAAGAAAGUUAAGGAUAGUAAUUCAAGGACUGCAAGAUGAAUAAAAAAAGUUGACAAAUCUAUCAGAUAUGAGUCUUUUACCAGGUUUGUCGUUGAGCUCAUACUUAACCUCUCUGUUGCCAGCUGGAUUAAUAUCUGGUAUGGAAGUAUGUCCUCUAUAGAAGAUAUAAUUGCAUUGGUAGUUUCAAACUUGACUUUGUUAGGGAUGCUUAUGCUGAUCGUUUAUGGAAUUUAUUACCCGGUCUAUCACUUUGAGGAUAUCAAGAUGAACCCUGUUACUCAUGAGAGACAUUGCCUUUUAUUCUUAGACUUCAAAAAAGAUAAGAUUAAACAGCUUCUAUACUUUGGAUUCUUCAUGAUCAGAAGAAUUUUGUUUGCUUUUGUAAUAGUGUGAAUGAAAGAAGAUCCUAAGAAGCAAUUAAUUCUCUGAUUUUUUAUGUUUGCAUGGCAGCUCUAUUACUGAGUCCUGAAUAAGCCAUAUAUCUCUACAAUUAAUAACGUUCUCAAUGUGUAUAAUGAGUUAAUUUUAAUUUUGUUCACUUGUCUUUUAUUUCUCUUCACUGAAACAAAUGACGCAAAGACAAUCACCCGGAUAGGAUGGGCGUGCAUUGGAGUAAUUAUUGUGUUCUUCUUAAUUAACUGGGCUAUUAUAUUCCCCUCCAUGAUCUAUUCGAUGCUCAAAUCAUGCAAAAAGAAGAAAUUUGACAAAUCAGUAUUAGAUGAAGGAGGUCCACUAUCCCACAAAGUGCUAAAUCCAAUCAGUAAAGCCUUCCAAAAGCCAGGUUUUUCUGUUGAGGAAUUUCGCAAAAAGCUUGAAGCGAGCCAAGCUCACAACACUCCAUCUGGCCAGAUCACUAUCAAAAAGGUCCCUGCGAUCUCUCGAAAGCACUUGGAUCUCCCAAGUCUGCCUAGUAUAGCUGAUCAUAACCGAAGGCUUUAUCGAAAGACCUCUUUUGCAGGAAGUCCUGACCACAAGCCUUCAAAGAUCCCUCCAGUCAUGGAUAAAUUUUAGCUGCUAAAUUUGGUUG